AUGGCCAGUUUUCUUGAAGACAAUCUCCUGCCCAACGGAUUCCAGGAGAGAGUUUUUGCUUCUCGCCAAGAAGCUGCAUGGAAGGACGUGGAGCGAGGAUUCGGUGUGCUUCAAGCGCGUUGGGAAAUAGUGAAAGGCCCGGCUCGUUCCUGGUACAGGCAUCAUAUCGCCAAUGUCAUGUACGCGUGCAUCAUCUUGCACAACAUGAUUAUUCACGAUGAAGGUCGUGCAGCUAGUGAGUGGUCCGACGCUGAAGCCGCUCCAAACGCAGGUCAUGCAACUCCGCCGGUCGUUCAAGGUUUAGCCUAUGGAGUCAGCGAGAGAUUACAAGCUCAGGAGAGCAUGCGCAACCAACAAGCUCAUCUUCAACUCAUGAACGACAUGAUUGAAGAAGUUUGGACACGUAGUGGUCGUUGA